UUUACCUUUAAACCAACCGCUGGCUAGCAAGGGCGGAAAGCCUCCAAUCAGAAGAGAGGGAAGGUUUUUUAAAUUUCUUGGCGGUUGCGCGGCAGAGACGGAGAGAGACUCGGGCGGCGGGUUGAGAUCCGGAGAGACGCGCCGCUGAAUCAGGAGUGAAAAUCAGGAGCUCUCUCUUUCAGGAUCCAUGUCUUCCAAAGAGAAUGUACACCCAGAUAAAACCUCGACGCCGAAGUUUUUGACCCCUCUCGGGAUCGCCGGGCCCCAGCGGGUCCCGAAGAGCAGUUCUGAAGCGGGUGUCCGGACCGUGGCAGUGUCGGGUCCUGGGAGAGUCACGGCUGAACCCCCUGCCCAGGAGCCGUUCUCUCUCAAGGAUUUCGAUAUCGGCCGGCCGCUGGGGAAGGGGAAGUUCGGUAACGUGUACCUGGCCCGGGAUCGGGACACUAACUUCAUCCUGGCCCUGAAGGUCAUGUUCAAGUCCCAGAUCGAGAAGGAGGGAGUGGAGCACCAGCUUCGCAGAGAGGUGGAGAUCCAGUCCCGUCUCCGGCACCCCAAUAUCCUGCGCUUCUAUAACUACUUCCACGACCGCAAGCGUGUGUUUCUGAUGCUGGAGUACGCGCCGCGGGGGGAGCUGUACAAGGAGCUGCAGCGCUGCCAGCGCUUUGACGAGCAACGCAGCGCAACGUAUAUAGAGGAGGUGUCGGACGCCCUGCAGUACUGCCACGAGCAGAAAGUGAUCCAUCGAGACAUCAAGCCAGAGAACCUGCUCCUGGGCUUCAGGGGGGAGCUCAAGAUAGCAGACUUCGGCUGGUCCGUUCACGCGCCCUCCAUGAGGCGCAAGACGAUGUGCGGGACUCUGGACUACCUCCCCCCUGAGAUGAUUGAAGGGAAGACCUACAGUGAGAACGCAGACCUGUGGUGUGUGGGGGUGCUCUGCUACGAGUUCCUGGUGGGGACCCCCCCCUUUGAGACCGCCAGCCACAGCCAGACCUACACCCGGAUCACCAAGGUGGACAUGCAGUUCCCCAGCAUCGUCUCCCCCAGCGCGCGGGACCUCAUCUCCAGCCUCCUCAGGCACUGCCCCCCCAUGCGGCUACCCCUGAAGAAAGUGCUGGAGCACCCCUGGGUGAAAACCAACUCCCGCAGGGUGCUGCCCCCAGUGUACCAGCCCAAGAGCUGAACCCAGGCCAGCCACACGCGUGUUACAACCACCCCCACACGCGCCAACUGCUGCUGCCGCUUGGGAGUAGGUGUGCCUUGGUCACAGCACACCUGGACUCAAAGGACUGGGAGAACUGGUGUAGCUGGUUCGCACGUCUGCCUUCUAUAAUGUGGUUCUCAUAGACUGUUCUGUAUUGUCUCUCCUCUUGUGAUCUGGUUUGAGGGACAGUGAGGUUGACAGGAAAAGGGAUUUGUUCUGUUGUCUGUCAUCUCGUUGUAAAUAUUUUCUGUGCAAGUUUAAUAAAGGUUGUGUUUCCGUUC